AUGGGCCAAACCCCCUCUACACCCCAGCCCGGCACCAAACUUCAAGUUAUCGGCGCAGGCCUCCCCCGCACCGGCACAGCAUCCUUCAGCGCGGCCUUAGCUAUCCUCCUCGACGGCCCCGUCUACCACGGCGGUACGCAGACAACAAUAGGCCCACCAGACGAAAUCACGACAUGGAUGAAAAUCAUGCGCCUCGUACUCAACGAAAACCCCCUUGACCGACAACAAGCCCUCACCCUCAUCGACCACCAAUUAGACGGAUACGCCGCCAUCACCGAUGCCCCCGGUUCCCAACUCGUCCCGGAGCUGGUGGAAGUCUACCCCGACGCCAAGGUCAUCUGCACCGUUCGCGAUCCGGUAGCGUGGGGUAAGAGCAUGACACAGGUGGAGGGUCUUGUGCGAUCACCGUGGUUUCUUCAAGUCAUGUUGCUGCCGCUUCCCGGGAUGAGGCAUUUCGUGGAUUAUCUGGGGUUGACUGCGUUGCAGUGGCGAAGGAUUUAUGGGAGGAAUGGGGGCCCCGGAGGUGCUUAUCAUAAACAUAUUGAGUGGCUGAAGGAGGUUGUUCCGGAGGAGAGGUUGGUGUUUGUUGAUGUUAGGGAUGGGUGGGAGCCGCUGUGCAGGGCGCUGGGGAAGGAGGUGCCGAAGGGUAUACCAUUCCCGCGAAUCAAUGAUUCCGAGGCGAUAACCCGGACUGUAAGACAGCAUGUUCGUCGUGGGUUGAUUCGUACUAGCAGUUCGCAUUUCAAGACGCCUGUCUGA